UAAGAUUUCAGCAAAGCAAUGUCUCAAGCUGGCACUUCACAGUUUCAGGAAGUCAUUCGACAAGAGCUGGAGUAUUCAAUGAAAGUAGAACUUGAUAAGAUACUUGCAACGGCACAUUCAAAUGAGCUAGAGCACACUAAAAAGGACCUGGAAGGAUUUAAGAAGCUGUUUCAUCGAUUCCUGCAAGAAAAGGGACCAUCUGUGGACUGGGGGAAGAUUCAGAGACCUCCAGAAGAUUCUAUCCAGCCCUAUGAGAAGAUAAAGGCCAGAGGAUUGCCCGAUAACAUUGCUUCUGUCUUGAACAAGCUGGUGGUUGUGAAACUAAAUGGCGGCUUGGGCACGAGCAUGGGUUGUAAAGGCCCAAAAAGCCUUAUCGGGGUGCGGAAUGAGAACACCUUCUUGGAUCUGACAGUUCAGCAGAUUGAGCAUUUAAACAAAUCCUACAACACCGAUGUUCCUCUUGUUCUCAUGAAUUCCUUCAACACCGAUGAUGACACAAAGAAAAUCUUGCAGAAAUACAGUCACAGCCGUGUGAAGAUUUAUACUUUUAACCAAAGCAGGUAUCCUAGAAUUAACAAGGAAACUCUGCUGCCCAUAGCCAAGGACGUGUCUUACUCAGGAGAGAAUACAGAGUGCUGGUAUCCCCCAGGCCACGGAGAUAUCUAUGCCAGCUUCUAUAACUCUGGUCUGCUGGAUAACCUCAUUGGAGAGGGGAAGGAAUAUAUUUUUGUAUCCAAUAUAGAUAACUUGGGUGCCACCGUGGACCUUUACAUCCUCAACCACCUCAUGAACCCACCCAAUGGAAAACGCUGUGAAUUUGUCAUGGAAGUCACAAACAAGACCAGGGCGGAUGUGAAGGGUGGCACGCUCACGCAAUACGAAAACAAGCUGAGGCUGGUGGAGAUAGCUCAGGUCCCAAAAGCACACGUGGAUGAAUUCAAGUCUGUGUCAAAAUUCAAAAUCUUCAAUACCAACAAUUUGUGGAUUGCUCUGUCUGCGAUUAAAAGGCUGCAGGAGAAAAACGCUAUUGACAUGGAGAUCAUCGUUAACCCAAAGACUCUGGAUGGAGGCUUGAAUGUUAUCCAGCUGGAGACUGCAGUUGGGGCUGCUAUUAAGAGUUUUGAGAACUCUUUGGGGAUAAACGUACCUCGUAGUCGUUUUCUGCCUGUUAAGACCACAUCAGAUCUCUUGCUUGUGAUGUCUAAUUUGUACAGCCUUAAUGCUGGAUCUCUAACGAUGAGCGAGAAGCGUGAAUUUCCAACCGUGCCUCUUGUCAAACUGGGAAGUUCUUUCACAAAGGUACAAGAUUACCUGCGGCGGUUUGAAAGUAUACCAGAUAUGCUGGAGCUGGACCAUCUCACAGUUUCAGGUGAUGUUACAUUUGGGAAGAACGUUUCACUAAAGGUGAGUGUGUAA